AAGUCAACAGUGGGGCCGGAAGCAUCAUGCCUCAAGAGACCCCGAUCUUUCAGCCUCCUCUAGACUACGCACGCGCUCGCUUGCCACCACGACGACGGCGGGUACACAAUCAACUCUCAGUACAGCAGGAAAGAGUAUUUCUCAACCAGGCGCUUGACGGUGCCCAAGCCACAUAUUAUGCUCCCACAACUACUAUGGUUCAGCCAUCGUAUCGCAUGGGUACUCAAAUGAACGGUCUUCAAGCGGGAGGCGUAAUGGCAUUGCACAAUUCGAACCCAACUCCAAUGGAGCCUAGAACAAGCCACCAGGGACCUGUCGCACAGCCUAACUAUUCGUCCUUGGGAUCUAGAACUCUGCCGCAGGCCCAAGGAGUUGUGUCGAAUGGAUCCGUGCAUGGGCUAGGCCACCCGCAACUGCAACAGCAGCAGACCAUUGCUCGCAUGCCAUUUCCAGUAUCUGUCUCAUUGCCCAGGAAUAGUAUGCAAUCCCCGGCUGUCCCAAUAACGGUACCAACAUGGACACCCCAGUAUGCGGCAGCUGCGAGGCCACUGCAGCCGCAGCCGCAGCAACAACAGCAACAGCAACAGCAACAACAACGGCACGAUGAAUGGCCAACAUGGGAGCCUUCGCCAAGGCCCGUUGCAACUCUUUCGACACGAACACCUCAACUGACGACUUACGGCAGAGUACCGACAGGAGUGGUGAAUGGAACAGUAACGAUGCACCCUCCACCCAAUCCUCAGGCCCGGUUAAACGAUGUGCGGCGUUCUCAACUGAUGCAUAUGAUGCAGCAACCGCCAAAUCCAGCUGAUGCCCGCGCUAUGCAGGAAUAUGCCCACAGCUUGAGCCGGAAUCAACGCCUGCGUCAACCCCAGGGAGUCAGUACCAACCCUCCUUUGCAUCCGGUGAAGAGUCUAGACAACCAGAACAACGGCCGCCCGGACCCGAAGGAGUCGGAAGAGCUGACCGUCAACCUGGAGUGCAAAGUCUGUUUCACGCAAUUGGUCGACACCGUCCUGUUGCCAUGUGGCCACGCGGUGCUCUGCCGGUGGUGUGCAGACACCCAUAUGCCGAGCUGUCGGAAUGACCCGACUCGUCUGGAGGGGAAUCCGAGCUGUCCGAUUUGCCGUGGGCCGGUGAGACACAAGGGCCGCAUUUACUUUUCGUGAUUAUUGUGUGGUGGUAGAGUCGCUGCCUUGUUUUUUUGUUCCUUGUUGCUGCAUUUGGACGACGGCGUUCGGUAUCGAUGAAAGAAUGAGAUGUCAUGUCGCUGCACCAAGACCAGAUAUUAGAGUCGUGAGCUAGGUGAAGAAAAUACAGUACAGGACUUGGCCAACAGAUUUUACAAUGUCAAUGCUUUGGGGGGCUCGCUUUUGUCGCUACUUUCUGGAGACACCAAGAAAUUAAACUUGAAAAUCGAUAUCCCAUCCCGGAUUUUUUUUGGGAAUUGUUCAAGUCUGCCCACAGAGACCUGAAGUUGAAGUCAUGAAAGAUAGCUCCACCAACCCUAUCCCUCAAACCAGCGAAAGCUGUGAUGUAACACGCACAUCCAUACCAUAGCA